GAUUGGCUUGGGGGGACACCUCGGCCAACACAACGUGAUGGGGCCGUGGAACGGCACUCCCAAGUAUGACCUACACAGAGUCGCCGAAGCCUGUUACCAGGGUGACCUCGAUGUGCUGGAUAUGCUGCUCUUCACUGGUGACAGCGAGAACAAAUUCCCUGGUGACAUCAACACGCACGUAAACUUCCAGGGCAAAACGGUCAUGACGCCUCUGAUGCUUGCUUGUCAGACUGGCCAGAUUGAAUGCGUUCAACUGAUGAUCAAAGCGAAGGCAGAUCCGCAUAUGAAGUGCCGAGUCCCUUUUGGAAAGGAAUCCUCUGAAGGGGAAACUGCCAAGGAUAUCGCGCUGAAGCAUGGCUGGGAUGACAUCGUGCAGGUUUUAGAGAAAGCUCUGAAAGACAUCCCACCGCAUAAGUAUGUGCGCUAUGGCAAAGAGAACAAUAGCCGGUACACCUUGUAUCAGAGUGGGGAGACAGGCAGUGGCAAGGAUCCCUUUGAGGAGAUCAAAAAGGUCACAAAGGGAAAGGUACAGCCAAGCCUAACAUCGUCAUUUGAGGCUAUAGCAACACCACCUACUGGCCCUACAACCAUUGCCUUGCUAUUUCCAGGUCAAGGCUCUCAGUAUGUGAAGAUGUUGGACUCUGUCAAGGACAAGGUGAAGGUCAAGGAAAUGAUUGCAACGGCGCGAGCAGUGCUUGGUUAUGACAUUCUGGAGGUGUGUUUAAAUGGACCUGAAGAGAAACUUGAAGAGACAAGUGUGUGUCAGCCAGCAAUGUUUCUGGCGGGAAUGGCAGGCCUUGAAAAGCUCCGAGACUCACGACCUGAAGCAGUAGACCGGCCUGGUGCAGUAGCAGGCCUUUCCCUUGGAGAGUACACUGCUCUUUGUGCAGCUGGUGUCUUCACUUUCGAGCAAGGCAUGGAACUGGUCAAGGUGCGUGGUGCAGCCAUGGCUGAAGCAGCCAAGAGCCGACCACAGGCCAUGCUCUCAGUCGCAGGGCUUGAGCAGCAAGAGUUAGAAAACAUUUGCAAGCAGCAAGCCAAAGGCGGAGAGGUUUGCCAAAUUGCCAACAUCCUUUUCCCAAAAGGAUUCUCAUGUGCUGGUACAGAGCCGGCCAUCAAGAAGUUGAAGGAAGCUGCUGAAAAAGCGGGUGCGCUGCAAGCACGAAUGCUGAAGACUUCUGGCGGCUUUCACACUGACUUGAUGAAGCCAGCUCAAGAGAAGCUGGAAGAAGCGUUGCAAAGGCUUUUGCCCAAGAUGCAGCCACCAACGUGUGAUGUCUACAGUAAUUUCACCGGCAAGAAAAUCAAGGCAGGAACCCCACCAGCAGAGAUUGUGCCGUUGCUGGCGAAGCAGCUUUGCUCUCCAGUGCUGUGGGAGCCCUCUGUGAGGCUGAUGAAGAAGGAUGGGCUGACAGAGUUCUACGAAGUGGGGCCCAUGAAGCAGCUGAAGGCCAUGAUGAAGCGAAUCGACCAAGACGCAUGGACCUCCACCACAAAUGUGGACGUGUGAAUGGCGCUCAUUCACUGCACAGAAACAUGAGAUUUAGAUCCACGUGGGACACAGCAGCGUAGCACCAUGUAGCACCAAGGCAGAGUCCAG